GUACCCACCAUUGUCAGCAAGUGGCUCCUUUUUCUCGACGGACCCACGUUGCUUUUCACCUGUGAGGCCUCUUCUACUCAACUGUAGCACCUUAUAAUUUUACCUUUUUUCUUCCAGUUUUUGUACAUGUUUAGUUCUUUGAUGUAUUAACGAGACUUUCUUCUUUGCCAAAUUGGGGUUUUUUUUCCCGUAAAUUUAUUCUUCAUCUUUAGCUACUGAUGAUGUUUUGUGAAAAUUGGUUUUGGUUUGAGCUGGAGGUGUGAUAUGUUCAUGGUGAUCAAUAGGGCCUGAAAUCAUAUUUCUUUGCUUUAUGCCGGCUUUCUCAUGGUAAGCAAGGACGGAGGCCAGUUGAAGGCUAGGGUGACUGUAGUAAGUAUCUGUUUGUUGUUUCAGCACCAGGACACAUUUUGUUUUCCUAUAGGGGGAAAAGGACUACAUGGUUUUAUAAGUUGUUUAACUGCUCUUUGAUUCCUCUUCUUGAGAUCUCAAAUGGGUUGCUGUUUUUCUUGUGCUUUUGGAUACAUGAUUCGCACUUAGCAACACCAUGAAAGUGUUUUUUUAAAUGCUUAUGGGUCCCUUUGCUUUUGAGAAAAUACUUUCUUUUUGUUUUUUAUCAGGGUAAAACCACUUGGCUUGGACAAGGACCUUAUUCCUCUUCAUCUUAUAAUUCCCUGUUGUUGAUAAAAUAGAAUUUUGGCUGGAUAUGCUCAAUCUUGGUUCCCUAUGUCUUCCCACUGAAGAUACUACAAUUGUAGAUUUAAGUUUCUUGCAAUUCUAAUUCCUGAUAAAUUUGAUUUGGUGUGUACAAUUCAUUAUGUUACGUUUUGGAAGCUAGGUGGUUCGAUUCAUCUUUUAGCAUCACCAUGAAUCUGGCCUGGCUUUUGUCCUUCUGGAUUCUCUGUACCAGUUCUUUUUCACAAGGGUCUUUAAGCCCUGGUGGUACUGUGAAUGUUGGAGCUAUUUUUACAUUUGGCUCCAUCAAUGGAAGAGUCGCAAAGGUUGCCAUGGAGGCAGCUGAGGAUGAUAUCAAUUCUGAUCCAAGCCUUCUUGGAGGAAGGAAGUUGUCUAUAAAUAUGCAUGAUUCCAACUUCAGUGGAUUUCUGGGAAUCAUUGGAGCUUUGCAAUUCCUGGAGACUGAUACUGUAGCUGUUAUUGGUCCACAAACUGCUGUGAUGGCUCAUGUACUCUCACAUCUUGCUAAUGAGCUCCAAGUUCCUUUCUUGUCUUUCACAGCUCUAGAUCCCACUCUUUCACCUCUCCAAUUCCCAUACUUUAUUCAAACAGCUCCCAACGAUUUGUUUCAAAUGACUGCCAUUGCAGACAUGGUUAGCUAUUAUGGUUGGUCUGAGGUUACUGCAGUUUUCAAUGAUGAUGAUCAGAACCGAAAUGGUAUAACUGUACUAGGUGAUAAACUUGCGGAAAGGCGUUGCAAAAUUUCCUAUAAAGCAGCACUUCCUCCAGAACCAAAAGCCACCCGAAGCUAUGUUCAAGAAGAGUUAGCUAAGAUUCUGGGGAUGGAAUCUCGAGUAAUUGUGUUGAAUACCUUCAGCAAAACAGGUCUCUUAGUUUUUGAUGUUGCAAAGGCACUUGGGAUGAUGGAGAAUGGGUUUGUUUGGAUAGUUACCAGUUGGCUGUCUACUGUUAUAGAUUCAGUUUCACCUCUUCCUACUACUGCCAACUCAAUCCAGGGAGUUUUAGCACUCCGUCCACAUACACCAGAUUCAAAAAGAAAAGGGGAUUUCAUGUCACGGUGGAACAAGCUGAGUAAUGGCUCUAUUGGGCUAAAUCCUUAUGGUCUAUAUGCCUAUGAUACUGUUUGGUUACUUGCACGCGCAUUGAAAUCGUUUUUUGAUCAGGGAAACACCAUUUCUUUUACCAAUGAUUCGAGAUUAGGUGGAAUAGGAGGGGGAUAUUUGAACCUUGGUGCAUUGAGCAUAUUUGAUGGAGGAAGCCAAUUGCUUAAAAAUAUAUUGCAAACAAGUAUGACAGGUCUGACAGGACCUUUUCGAUUUAAUCCAGACAGGUCCAUUUUACAUCCCUCUUAUGAUAUCAUUAAUGUAUUAGAAACUGGGUAUCAGCAGGUUGGAUACUGGUCAAACUAUUCCGGGCUAUCUGUUGUGCCCCCAGAGACACUUUAUGGAAAGGCAGCUAACCGUUCUAGUUCAAGCCAACAUUUACAGAGUGUGGUAUGGCCUGGGGGGACAACAGCUAGGCCACGGGGCUGGGUGUUUCCAAACAAUGGAAAGGAAUUACAAAUUGGAAUCCCAGACCGAGUUAGUUAUCGGGAUUUUGUCUCAAAAGUGAAUGGCACCGACGUGGUCCAAGGAUAUUGCAUAGAUGUAUUUCUUGCUGCCAUUAAAUUGCUUCCAUACGCUGUUCCACACAAGUUCAUUCCAUUUGGAGAUGGUCAUAAGAAUCCGACAUACUACGAUCUUGUUUACAAGAUCACAACCAGGGUCUACGAUGCUGUUGUCGGUGAUGUUGCUAUUGUCACCAACCGGACAAAGAUUGUCGAUUUCACUCAGCCAUACAUAGAGUCAGGGCUAGUUGUGGUGGCUCCGGUCAAGAAGCGAAAUUCAAAUGCUUGGGCAUUCUUGCGGCCUUUUAGUCCAUUGAUGUGGGCUGUCACGGCAAUGUUUUUCCUUAUUGUGGGAGCUGUUGUAUGGAUCCUUGAGCAUAGAAUUAAUGAUGAAUUCCGAGGGCCACCUAGGAAACAGCUUGUCACAAUUCUCUGGUUUAGCUUCUCCACUUUGUUUUUCUCCCACAGAGAAAACACUGUGAGCACACUUGGUCGCCUUGUGCUGAUAAUCUGGCUUUUUGUAGUUUUGAUAAUCAACUCAAGCUAUACUGCAAGUCUGACAUCAAUUCUCACAGUGCAACAGUUAUCCUCCACCAUUAAAGGAAUUGAUUCCUUGAUAACUAGCAAUGUUCAAAUUGGAUUCCAAGUAGGAUCCUUUGCUGAAAAUUAUCUAAAUGAAGAACUCAGCAUUGCUAAAACUAGACUUGUUGCUCUUGGUUCACCAGAAGAAUAUGCGGAUGCCCUUAAAAAUGGUACUGUUGCUGCCGUGGUUGAUGAGCGACCUUAUGUAGACCUCUUCCUCUCAGAGCACUGUGAGUUCUCAAUAAUAGGUCAAGAGUUCACCAGAAGUGGUUGGGGAUUUGCAUUUCCAAGAGAUUCACCCUUGGCCAUUGAUAUGUCUACUGCCAUUCUCCAACUAUCUGAGAACGGCGAGCUUCAGAAGAUCCAUAACAAGUGGUUGCAAAGAAAGCUCUGCAGUUCCCGGGACAUUGGGUCGAGUGCAGAUCAACUACAGCUACAAAGCUUCUGGGGGCUUUUCCUCAUUUGCGGGAUUGCAUGUGUGCUUGCUCUCUUGAUCUACUUUUGCACCACAUUUCGCCAAUUCAGCCGGCACUUCCCUGAAGAAUCCGAUUCUUCUGUCCAAAGCCACUCUCGCUCCAAACGUCUUCAAACAUUCUUAUCAUUUGCUGAUGACAAGGUGGAACAAUGGAAGAAGAGCAAGUCCAAGAGAAAAAGAGAAGAUGAAUUAUCAAAUCGGAGUGGGGAGGGAAGCAUGUCAGUUAAUAGAUCUGAAAGAAUCCAAAGGCACAUUUCUCGGGAAAGAGAAAAUGGUGAUACUUGGCUGCAUUAAUUGGUCAUAUGAUAAUUUAUUUACAUGACCAUAUAUCUAGGGAGCCACUUAAUCCUCCAUAGUUUUUUCAAGGAGCUACUUGUUACUACAUACUCUCUCACAUGAGAUAGAUUAUAGCUUGCAGUUAUUUCAACUUGCCAAUCAAUUGUCUGUAUACAUAAUCAAUACAAGAGCAGGCAGCUUGUGUUGUAUGAAAGAAUGGAAAUACUCUAAUGAUGAUGCUAAUGAUACAUGCAUGGAAAAUGCUGAAACCAGCAGCAUUCUUCUCUUCUGUA